AUGAAGUCAGACCGGCUCCGUGCACGGGUCACAGACACGCAGGGGAAGAGAGAGUCCUACCGGGUUGUCAACGCAGGGCGGUCCGGUCCUCUUCCAUCAAAAGUUGAACCUCUGUCCGCGAGUCCCCGAGAGCGUGCGUGCGUGCGGCGUGAACGUGCAGCGUGGGUCCGGAGAGCAGGGAGCGCGAGGAGAAGUGGAGAAGAGGAGAAGAGCAGAAGUGGAGAAGUGGAGAGAGGAUCCAGAGCGCGGAGUGUGGAGGCUGCUCUGAGGGGGCGGCAGGUAACGCGUGCCCCUCCCUCUCCCGCGGAUGGAGCGGAGAUGAUUUGCCAGCUGCUGCAGCUUGUCUCGUUGCCCCACUUUGGUUUUUACAGGCGCUCCUCUCUGACGCGCGCUCUCAGGGGACUCUCACGCACGCGCAUUCACACUCCUGUGCACGCGGAGGAGUUAGGGCGCGCGCCAUACGAUAAAGCCACGCUGAUACAAGACAAACAGGGAAGAAGGAAGAGGAGACUUGUUCAAAGUGUGAUUCCUAAUAAUCAGUAUAAACACUGA